AAUAUUUCAAAAGUAAACACAUAAUAUUCACAAUAGUGUAUCACUUUAAUAAAAUUUUUGGUUACCAUGGCGAUGGAAACUAUUUUGGGGAUCAAGGGACCAGACUUUGUGAUGCUAGCAUCAGAUACAAUGCAGGCCAAAUCGCUGGUCUUCAUGAAAGAUGACCAAUCAAAAAUCCACCGACUAUCAGACUUCAAUAUGAUGGCCACGGUGGGUGAUGGUGGCGAUACCAUUCAGUUCACCGACUUCAUAUCCAAAAAUUUGCAUCUGUACAAGAUUUCCCACGGAUACCAUCUAAGUGCGAAGUCAGCUGCCCAUUUUACCAGGAAAACACUGGCGGAUUAUAUAAGGACCAACACCAGAUACCAGGUGGCAAUGCUCCUGGCAGGAUACGAUGCGGUUGAGGGACCUGACCUCCACUACAUCGACUCCUAUGGCGCUGCUCAGUCAAUCAAUCAUGCAGGUCAUGGUUGGGGCAGCAUGUUCUGUGGCAGCAUUCUGCAGAGAUAUUGGAACUCGAAGCUCAGCCAAGAGGAUGCCUACUCGCUGAUGAAGAAGUGCGUCCUGGAGAUCCAAAGGCGACUGAUCAUCAACCAGCGGAACUUUGAGGUGUAUGUAGUGGACAGCAAGGGAAUGCGCAAGAUGGAGGCCAUCAAUCCAGGAUCCCUAAACAAGGAGUCGAUAAGCCUGAGUUGGUAAAGCGGAAAACAUUAAAGCCAUGCUCGGUGCAACUCCUUUGCUUCAUAAAGCAUCCUUUAAUGCCUAAUAAUUGUGCAGUUGGUUUUUGGCUAACUUUCACUGCGAUGCUCGAACAACUUCCCAGGGAUUAGUUGACGUGACCGGUUGGAUUUGAGUGGUCAGUCGGAAGAGGAGGAGGUGGGUGAGUGGGUAUGCUACAUGCCAUGGUCGACUGCCUCCGUGUAUUAGCAUAUGUGGCCUGCUCUUGUUCUCCAUGUGAGCCAUCUGUCUGAAUGUGUGUGGCACUGUAUUUGUUUGUGCAACAAUGAGUGAAGCUGCACUCAAAAAGAAUUUAUACAUUAAUAAGUCUGCUCUGUUGCAUAGGCAUAGUCAUAUAGGCACAUUCCACUCAAAUGGUCCCGUCUGCCGGCAAAAGAUCGUCAGAUGUUGGUAUGAAAUAUUUUUUUUAAAACGUAUGCAUCUUGAUUUUUCCAAGUGCAUGCCUCACAGACAGGAAACGCAUACGGCUGCGAAUCGGAAGCAGAAAAGCCAACAUGUCUCUAUUUCCCAUUUGAACAGCAGUCCGUCAGAAUGUCGUUGGUUUGGAGGAGUGAGCGUAGUCGCCAGCGAAACUCAUAAAAAUGAGCACAGAUUGCUGCAAAAAUGCACUGAAUUGUUCGCUGCUUGGCAGAGGUCUGAGUGUGAGGGUUUUCCGAGCUGUGAUGCCUGCAUUUUUCCGGAUUUCUAUGCUAGUCAGCGGGUUUUGUUUGUCCGCCAGCGUGGCAGUUGCCAUUGCUAAUUGGCCGCACAUGACAAAGUAUCGCCAAUUGAGUGGAUCGCCCACUUGCGGUGAUCGGAACCAUGAAAUGUCAACAGUGACAAAGAAAAGGUAGCGAACGCGUUUACCUCAAAGGUACCGGUUUCGGUGCAGUAACUAACUGGCUCCGAAAUGUAUCUAAACUACAAUUU